AUGCGUGCCGCAAUUAUUCGCUCGUUUGGCGGCCCUGAAGCCAUUGAGCUGCUGAGUACUGCCAUUCCGGAAAUUCGUCCGGAUCAGGUGAAAAAUGAAGAAAUGAUUUUUUUUUCAUUUUGAGAAAACAAAAAAUGCUAGUUUAUCAUCAAUUACUUUUUUUAAGGUUCUUGUUCGAAACCACGCUGCCGGAGUGAAUCCAGUCGACACCUACAUCAGAGCCGGUCAAUAUGCAAAGCUCCCUCAGCUACCGUACUCGCCUGGAAAGGACGGAGCAGGAGUUGUUGAGAAAAUUGGCGCUAACGUCAAGAAUGUGAAAGUGGGCGACAGAGUGUGGUACGGAUGUGAAGCGAACAGUACUGCUCAGUACACUGCAGUCAAUCGUCCGUUUCAACUGCCGGAUGGUAGGCUAAUAUAGAUUUUUAAUUAUAAAAAUUUUGUUUAGGAAUUUCUUUCGCGGAAGGAGCCUCUCUGGGAGUUCCAUACCUCACCGCCUAUCGAGCUCUAUUCUUCCUCGCUGGAGCCAAGGUAAAAGGGCAUCGGGAAAUAGAUGUAGAACACAUGAAUAGUGAACAAGCAUACAUAAAAAGAGUGCAAAUAAACAGAGGGAAAAAUGUAAGCAUUUCUCAAAUGACACUGUGAGAUCGUUCCCCCUAGUUAACUGUGAGCUCUUUCCCUAGUCGGAACACGAACAGAUGUCAGUCCAAAAGGGAGAAAGAGAAGGGGCCAGAUGGCAGUGUGGAACAUAGGAUAUAUCCAUCGUUUGACUGCAGGCCGGGGAUGUCAUACUCGUGCACGGAGCAUCUGGCGGAGUGGGCAGUGCCCUGAUGCAGCUGGCCGCUUGGAAAGGAAUUGACGCAGUUGGCACCGCAGGCUCUCCGGCAGGGAUCGAGUUCGUGAAGACUCUUGGCGCUCAAAAAGUUUACAAUCACUCGAAAAAGGAUUAUGUGGUCGAGUUAAAGACCGACUAUCCUAAUGGUUUCAACUACAUCUUCGAAAUGGCGGCUCACACAAACUUGAACACCGAUCUAGGAUUGCUGGCUCCACAUGGUAAAGUAGCAGUGAUCGGAAAUAGAGCCGAGACCACAAUCAACGCAAGACAACUUAUGGCCACUGAAGGAGCUGUUUUUGGUUAGUCAAACAAAACAAAGACUAUUAAAAUCACCUCAUUACAGGUGUGGCCCUUGGCUUUUCUACCGAAGCUCAACUGUCCGAUUUUGGAGCGAGCAUCGCAGCAUUCCUGAAAGAGACUUCUUCGCGGCCAGUGAUUAACAAGGAAUAUCCGAUUGAGGAAGUCGGAGACGCUCACAAAGAUAUUCUCAAUAACAACGGAGCUCGCGGAAAUCUUGUGAUUCGAAUUGACUAG